UCCUCUUCUUUGUUUAACCAAUGAGAGAGAGAAGAGGGGGCGGGUUUUUACAGAUGACAGCCAAUGUCGUUUCACGUUUAUGAUACGUUACUUAGAAUUAGUCGCAUCCGGGUGAGCAUUUUGAGGUCCGCUCAGGUUUUUUACUUUGAAGCUGUUGGCUCUCAGUUUUCGGCAUGUACGGAUCCUUUCGGGUGCUGCUGCAGGUGCUGUGGGCCCAGCUGCUCUGUGGGUGGGUGCUAGGCUCCGAGCUAACUUUUGAGCUGCCAGACAACGCCAAGCAGUGUUUCUACGAGGACAUUAUCAUCGGUACUAAAUGUACACUGGAGUUUCAGGUGGUAACUGGUGGCCAUUAUGACGUUGACUGUCGUUUGGAGGACCCAGACGGCACCACACUCUACAAGGAGAUGAAGAAGCAAUAUGACAGCUUUACCUUCACAGCAUCCAAGAAUGGCACCUACAAGUUCUGCUUCAGUAAUGAGUUCUCCACCUUCACACACAAGACGGUUUAUUUUGACUUCCAGGUCGGCGAUGAUCCUCCACUCUUCCCCAAUGAGAACAGAGUCACUGCUCUCACCCAGAUGGAAUCAGCCUGCGUGUCCAUCCAUGAGGCCCUGAAGUCAGUCAUCGACUACCAGACACAUUUCCGCCUCCGUGAGGCUCAGGGACGCAGUCGGGCAGAGGACCUCAACACCCGUGUUGCGUUCUGGUCCAUUGGAGAGGCCAUUAUCCUUCUGGUGGUCAGCAUCAGCCAGGUGGUCCUGCUGAGAAGCUUUUUCUCUGACAAGAAGACCACUACAACACGUGUUGGAUCAUAACAAUCUCUGACCUCUGGGAUCUGAUUAAUCACUUUCUUUAUCUUUGCCUGGACUCGUGUGCAUAGAGUGAGUUAAAAUAGCAGAUCUGAGAUUGAAGCAUAUCAAACUGCCAGGUCAUACAAUCUGACAUGUCAUUUGCAUUCAGCACUGCUGUUCUUAGAAACUUUAUGUAAAUGAGUCAUGAGCAAAAAGGUUAUGUGUUUAAAAUGUUUUUGAUGGGUUAAAGAAAAAACCUGAAGAAAGGCUUGAUUGUGUUGCUUGUGACUACCUGUAUUUUAGGUGGUUCAAGCAGCUGGUCUUAUGGGUAAAACAAACUUUAUGUAUUUUGGAUAUUUGAAAGAAUUUCUAAAUGUGUUCUCAUUUUAUUUGUGUGCUUUUUUUGCCCCCAUCACUUCAUACCCUCUCUCUGUCAUCCUUUCCAUUUUUCAGCCCAAACCAUGCACUGAAAUAACCAAGGGAGUGGAAGUUAUAACUAAAUGUCUCAUAAUGGAAGGGUGCUGUGGAUUCUUUCCUUAUCUAUAGCGCACUGGGUCUCUAAAACCACACUAGCCAGACAAGGAUUGCAUUUGGUUAGGAAAAAAUCUGUCUCAUUUUUUCUCUGUUAUUAAACCUCACUAUAUUUUGUGAGAAAACCUAGAUAUUGUGUUUGCUUUUAUCAGCUUUGUCAUUUUAGAUGAGUUAUUUGAAAGGAGUAUUCUGUACAGAGAGUAAGCCAUCCUUUAAUAUUAGCUUGAAGCAGUUGAAAAGAAGUUUGUAUUUUGGUGGAAUGAUUGAUGAUCUCCCUUUAGUGAUUGCAGACCCAAUUGUUUAAAAAAAUUGAACACAUCAGGUUAAAGUAAUGCUUCAGUUUGACAGGUGAAUUAUCGCCUGAAAAUGUUAAAAUUACAGGUGCGAACUUCUUUAUUACAUCUAUGUGACUCAGUGUGGGGGACAAAAAAACAUGAAAUUAUUCUUGUGUUUGAAAACAACACAUUUUGUGUGUUCUGUGGCAAUGCCAACAGUUUUAUCUGCACCAACUGUUAUAAAAUCUUUGUCUUUCACUGUUUCCCUCACAAUGUUAUAUCUAGUUCUGCCUUUGCUGUUUAAAGUGCAACAACUUAUUUAUCUUGUGGGCUUAUAUUGUCCUCUUGGUUUUAUACAGUACUGAUGUAAAGUUCAUGUUUUGCAAAAUAUAAUUCUAGUAACUUUGAGUUGUAGUUAUAAUUUGAAAUUAUAUCCCACCACUGACUACUCAGUUAAUUACCUAAAGAAACAGAAUGAAAGAUUUAGACAUAGUAAAUGUAAUGUCUGUGUGUAACAUGACUGGUUCUUACAUUUUCCACUAUUAUUUGUCAAUUUUUCACCAUCUGUUUCAAUUGGCAAAAUUCUGAACAUGCAAUUUCCAAGUUUCUGAAGAUUUUCAUUAAACAUUUAAGCCUGCAGGAAGCACUACAAUAUGGUAGUUGCAAACAGUUCAGCCUGGUGGUGUCAUUCUUUCUCUCUCUGUUACACUGCUACUACACUGAUUUAGCGCAUAGACACAGGCAUGGCUGAAACAUGAUUUAAAUGUAGCCAAGUUCAGCUAUAGUAUCUUCAUAGUACACAACAUCAAUGAAUGUAAAUGAGAUCCCAUCAUCUCCUGGCAAAGGUAGAAGAUAUCACUGUUGUAAUGUGAGAAUUUUGUUGUAAAUAUAGCUGGCAGGCUUUUAUACCUAACCCACUAAAAGAUACCAAAACCUGAAUGCUUUUUUGACUUAAGACGUUCAGUCUUGUUGAGCUAUGUAACUUGAUCUCAGAGACUCUGCUUAAACUGAUGAAAAACAAUAACAAAAAUGUUAUGACGAUUUUUUUUUUCAAUUCAUCAUUUCUGGUUUGGCUUCAUUUCCUCUGUUAUGCGUUUCCCCUGUAACUGUAUAUUCAUUGUAAGUGUUUUUGUAGGUGGUGCAGUGUUGGCAUUUCCCUUUAAGUUUGUGCACCUUUUUGUGUGAUUUUUGGACACAAAUUCAGCUCUGAGGCAUUCUGGGAACUUGUUAAGUUAUUGGGAUGGCUGAAUAAAAUUUCUGUUAAAAUGU